CUGCUUUCUUCUGCUGCCUUUUGUGCUCCUUGUGCACCUCCCUUCCCCCCAACCUGGGAUGAAACCUCCCCACGUGCUGGUGUUCCUUUGCCUCCUGGUGGCUCUGGUCACCGGGAACCUGGUCCAGUUUGGGGUGAUGAUCGAGAAGAUGACAGGCAAGUCUGCCUUGCAGUACAACGACUAUGGCUGUUACUGCGGCAUCGGUGGCUCCCACUGGCCGGUGGACCAGACUGACUGGUGCUGCCACGCCCACGACUGCUGCUACGGGCGUCUGGAGAAGCUGGGCUGUGAGCCCAAACUGGAAAAGUAUCUUUUCUCUGUCAGCAAACAUGACAUUUUCUGCGCCGGCAGGACCACCUGCCAGCAGCUGACCUGCGAGUGUGACAAGAGGGCUGCCCUCUGCUUUCGCCGCAACCUGGGCACCUACAACUGCAAAUAUGCCCAUUAUCCCAACAAGCUGUGCACCGGACCCACCCCGCCCUGCUGAGGCUAUGCUUGGCCUCCUCCUUGUGCCUGGAGGUCCCACCUCGGGCUGCUGUAGUCCCAAGCCUGGGGAACAUUGGCACCAAAGGCCCCCCCUUUGGAAAAUUCCUUUCCUGCAAACUCAUCCCUGCUUGAGAGCUCAGAGAUAUGUCCUGGACCAUCACUAGCCUCCCAGGCUACCCCUUCUCUGUAGAAAGAACCCUUCCCCAAGAGCCAUGGACCCUUCAGCAUCCGGAAGACUGUCACCAGCUUCUGGGAUCUCAGCUCCCUCUUCUGAAUAAGUGAAUAAUGUUUUCCCAUAAUUCUAACGUUGAGUCUCAAAUUCUGUCAAUCAUUCUAGAAUUUAAUUCACUAGAGUUUCAUUCAUACAUUAAUUUUCUGAUCACCUACCUUGUGCUGACAGCAUGCACUGGAAUCAGUGGGAACAAGUCUGACAUGGGUGGCCCUGCCUGCAAUUCCAGCAUUAAAUUCUUUUAAUUUUCCAUGACAGUAAGUUUCUGUGUUUUUUUGUUUUUUGUUUUUUUGAGACAGAGUCUCGCUCUGUCACCCAGGCUGGAGUGCAGUGAUGCAAUCUCUGCUCACUGCAUGCUCCGCCUCCUGGGUUCACACCACUCUCCUGCCUCAGCCUCCCGAGUAGCUGGGACUACAGG